CUCACCCGGAGUCUCCUCUCUCAGUCUGCCCAGACUCCGCACAGGCAAACACUCCUCAAACAGGAAGGUAAGAGACUCUUUGUGACAAUGACUGAGCGCUACGACUGCCACUACUGCAAAGAGUCCCUUUUUGGGAAGAAGUAUGUUCUGAGAGAGGAGAAUCCCUACUGUGUGAAAUGUUACGAGAGCCUGUACUCCAACACCUGUGAGGAGUGCAAGAAGCCCAUUGGCUGUAACACCAGGGAUCUGUCUUACAAGGACCGUCACUGGCAUGAGGAGUGUUUCAUGUGUUUCCAGUGCAAGCGUUCGCUUGUGGACAAGCCCUUCUCCACCAAGGAUGAAAAGCUCCUCUGCACUGAGUGCUACUCCAAUGAGUAUUCCUCCAAGUGCCAUGACUGCAAGAAAACCAUCAUGCCAGGCUCCAGGAAGAUGGAGCACAAGGGGAACAGCUGGCACGAGACCUGUUUCACCUGCCAGCGAUGCCAGCAGCCCAUUGGCAUCAAGAGCUUUAUCCCGAAGGACAGCCAUAACUUCUGUGUGCCCUGCUAUGAGAAGCAGUUUGCCAUGCAGUGUGUGCACUGCAAGAAGCCCAUCACCACUGGCGGGGUGACCUACCAUGACCAGCCCUGGCACAAGGACUGCUUCCUGUGCACUAGCUGCAAGCAGCAGCUGUCUGGCCAGAGGUUUACCUCUAGAGAUGACUUUGCCUAUUGUCUCAACUGUUUCUGCAACCUUUAUGCCAAGAAGUGUGCCUCCUGCACCACCCCCAUCAGCGGCCUUGGAGGUAGUAAGUACAUUUCCUUUGAGGAGCGCCAGUGGCACAAUGACUGCUUCAACUGUAAGAAGUGCUCCGUGUCCCUGGUUGGCCGUGGCUUCCUCACUGAACGUGAUGACAUCCUGUGCCCAGAGUGCGGCAAGGACAUCUAAUUCAGUCUGAAGGACGGCUAAUACAUCGGAUUGGAUGAUCAUGUUACAAUAGAGCAAUGUCAAAGAUACAAUAAAUACUAUCAGAGCACAGAGCAUAGCAUCCAUAGCAUCUUUACAACCUUACUAUGAAUGUAUAUUGUUGUAUGUCAUGAAAUAAAAACUACUAACAGUAUUAUUUGAAUUUAGAGAUAUUAUUUAAAUAAAUUGUUCUUUGAGAAAAAGUUGUCACUAAUAAAAUAACAUGAACGUAAAGAUCUUUCCUUAUGCAACAGCAUCAUGGUUGCAGAUAGACACUGUAUGAAGCAUUUUGAAAUAAAUCUACAAUGUUAAUGUUGAUUAUCCACUUUGAAUUGCUAUAAUUGCUGCUUUGUGCAUGGACUAGCUUGAUGCUAUAAUUAGUAGAGGUUUUAAGAAUGAGCUCUGGUAUUACCAAUUAAAAAUAUUAAAAUUGUG